AUGAGUUCUUCCUAUUCAAUGCACACUCGCUAACAGAGCAUCAGGAUGUCUGGACUUCUGCGGGGAAUCGCGAGAAUCCGAACCUCCCCGGUUCUGCGGGGAUCAGCCGUCACCCAGCGAGCCAACAUCGCUACACGACCAGCCAAGGACGCUGUUGGUCCUGCUGAGACAGCAAUUGGUCUGAUGGUGUUUUCCCUUGCCAUCCUGGGACCAGCUGGGUGGGUUCUGGCCAACCUGGAAAACUAUAAAAAGAAGGGUUCUGCUGAUUCUGAGUGAUCGAUGUGUCACAGACUGAAAGCAUCUUGUCUGAUUUUAUUGCUUUUAAAAAAAUUUGGGACCACCAUGUCACUGACCUCCAACUUAACCUGAAAUGUGGAACAAUAUAUCUCUUCUGAGCCACCCAGCUUACCUCUCCAUGCGACGGUUUACUUUCCUCCAACCACUCUGGUCAACAAUGCACUGAGCUGUCUACUCGGUGUUAGUAACUGUGUAAUAGCAUGUCAUUGUGGGUGAUUCCAUUCUCCUUCCAUGGAGCUUGUUACAUUUUAAAUAAACAGUUAUUUAAAUCUUAAA